GUCUUUGUCCACGAUAUUCUUUGGUUUGGAUUUCGCAUGAAGCAAAUUGUUUCCCUUUUUCCGCUGCCGUCGGUCGUUCCUUCCACGACUUGAUCCCGCGCGGUACUGGAGAGGACCCGCCAUUUUCCCGUGCUGAUCGAAAAUGGCGAGGUUUUCAACCGCUGUCGUGUUUGCGGGGCGGUUGUGUGUCCAGAUUCUGAUUCAUGGCUCCGAGACAGCUUCCUUUCGUGGUCAGAUUCACGGCAAAACAGACACGCGUGUGCAACGAAACAUUCUCGAUAUCUGUGUAGCGUACAACUAGUCUCAGUGGCCGAUACCUCUUCUCUACAGCCCAUGUUUUCUCAAACACGGGGCGUUAUCCCUUUUUUCCCCUGUCACUCUCCUUCCAUUGCCUUCUGUUGUUUCACCCGAACCCGGACUAUCCUGCUGCUUUUGCAGGGAAUCUUCCGCUACAGGAACCUCUUAACACAGACCAUCAGAAAACCUAGACUCGACCAUGGGUACGUCAUUGCACAGAUGCAAGGUCGACUCCGGUCAGUUUGCUACGUCAGAUACGUCGUGUUCUGCGGAGUUUUCCGCCCGUUCGUUUGAAAAGAAUGAGGAGGCGUCCAGUCGGGCAGUUGAAGAAGAGCUCGGCGCCUCAUCUCUUCAACCUGCCGCUGGCGCUGACGGAUCCCCGAGGUGGCAAAGUUCUCGGCGUCGCUCUAACAGAAAGAGAGGCGGAAAAGGAAACAAAACGGGCCUGGCGGGAGCGACACCAGGUUCUCAGUGCUCAACUUCAGGCGAGAUCGCGUCCACCACUUCCUCUUCUGUCACGUCUUUGCCUGUUCUGUCUCGCGUCUCCUCGACCGUAUCAGCCGUCGCGGUGCACUCGCACGGAGCAAAAACGGAUCCCGGCUCCGACAAAGUGCCUGACUCCGUGGACGUCUCCCAUUCAAAAGGUGCGAGUGCUUCGUUCACUCUAGGAAAAACUGAGGGACCGUCGCGAAGAACGCGAGAGAGAAAAGGCAUUCGGCAACCGCCGAAGACAGGCAGUGCUGCGGAACCCAGUUCCGGUACGAUGACUGCCUCAUCAAUGGACGGGACAGCCGGCCGCGGGAGGUGUACGUACACUCCAAGGGGUCAGUGGCUGAAGCGGGUCUGGUCGACUGGCGUUGGACUGUGUCGCUUUCUGCUUCGCCUGGGAGGAAACCCGCUAGUCGCGUGGGGCCUCCUCUGCUUUCUGCUGCUUCAGGAACAACAGAUUUACCUUCUGUAUCACGGCGGCUGUGACGCGGUGGAUGGUCUAAAUGCAGAUUUUGGAGUUUCCCGAGAGGCAAAACUUGACUGGAGGGCGGACCUUGAGCUGGAGUUUGAGAAAGGGGGGACUCAACACACCUCUGUGCUUCAGCUGCACCCCCAGAGACACCUGCCGCCGGAUCUGCGCUCCCAGUGUAUGUACAUGCUGAUUCUGGGGGUAACUGCGACGGCUCUCCUCACGUUUGGAUUCUUGAGUCAUACGGUCGGCUACCUAGUCUCGACCUCUCAAAAAGAAGCAAUAACAACCCCAAGUCCUUCACAUGUGCAGACACGCGAGGCAUCGAGGGAAGAGAAGUCGGUGCAAGUCGACAUACAGAAGCCCAUCGAGGAAGGAGCUUCAAGGCAGGCGAAAAAAGCACUGAAGAUUAUGGAUCAUGACUCCGAAGCUGAGCAGGAAAGGGCUGAAAAACACGCCACUCCAGAGACAGCUCACCAUGGAAAACGGCAUACCUGUGACCGAGAGCAACAGACUGACGAACCCAUGGGACUCUCUGUGGAUUUCGUUGCUUCUGAGUGUACGUCCACUCUCCCAAAAAAUGAGGGCCUGCUCUGCGCAAAUCUCCCCGAAGGCGACGCUUUCAGAACCGACACGUGUGAGGGAGAACCUGCGCGAGAGACGUCCAGCUGUAGAGAACCGGAGACCUUCUAUAUCGGAGAUGAUGAGGGCGAUCCAACAUUUGUAAGCAGCGCUGGUUCGUCGGGCGAUGAUCUCCUUUUGCUGGCAAGCGCGUCUUCUCGCGACCGGACGAGUCUCUUGUGGUGAGGUGGGAGAGCAACGGCGCCCUCAGAAACACGCUUCUAAACCCCCAUCGAGCGUUCCUUCGUGAGCUCUUCUUCUCACGAUUCAUGGCUUCUGAAAACGAGCCUGCAAUCAGGAUGGGUGAAACGACGUGUCUGUACUUUUGCGAAGGUGUCGGUUUUUUCCGAUUCUCAGUGUGCAGCGCUUACUUUAGGCACCCUAGGACCGCGGUCUCAGGCACCCCGAUCAAGAAUAAACAUAUUGCGGGUCAGCCAUUCCGUCUUCUUUAAGACUGACUCACACCUCGGUUGUCACGGUGAUGUGUCUCUUCGUGUUGCGCUUGGUCAUUUCAUGCAGUGGUUUGGUAUUGCACUCCUACAUGAGAGCACACGUCAUGGCGUGUUAGCUCGGGACCGAUCGAAGUGGGGGUAAUGUCCCCUCUGACGCAGGAGUAUUUACAGGCUCUUGCUGCGGAAGGUCGUAGGGCUUAACUGGUGUAGUGAAGGGGGAACAUUCUGUGAUCUCUCAUCGCUGAAGUGAGUCGGUGGGAUGCACCCGCGUGCAUCAACCACCAUUGGCGUCUCGCGUUGCUGUCCUCUCUUUUAGUCUGACUCAUGGAAGUACGCCACUCUUUUUUCGCCAUUUAGUUUCCUUCCGACUCGUGGUAAGCGGUUAUAUAGAGACGGCGAAUGAAAGCAUUGCGUUCACUGUUUUUGCUCCACAAAAGUCUGAGUCAAUGCAGCGCGGCGUCAGCAUCUGGUCGGGCAUUGGCUUGCCGGGGAAAUUGUGCUCAAAGAAAAGACAUCGCAGUGCAUCAAACAGACAGUUUGGGCACGGGACGUCUGCGGAAAGAGGGUCGUGACACUUUCGCUUUGGACGGCGAAUACCCCCAAAAAACCUGAGAUUUUUUCCAAGGUAAAAGCUUGUCGAGGCUUUGUAACCAGCUAAGCACGCGUGGCGAUGGCACGCACUUCCCAGAGGCGUGCGUGCUUGGAACCGGUAUUAUCACACUGCUGGGU